UGGAAUGCAUUUCAUAGUAUGUUGUUUUCGAUAGGUAGCGCUUAUAGACAGAUUUGACUUGCAUGCUAUGCCAUGAGCGGCUUCAGAGGUCAGUCUUUCACAUUUCACAUAUAGAUCAUGAGAGAACGAAGCUGUCUGAUGAGGUUGAUAAUAUAACUAAGGCUCGUUCUCAAGAUAACGAGGUGUGUUUGCAUAUAAAUGAACCCUUGCAAGGUGAGUAUAAAGAGAAACGAUACUUCAAGAUUCAGAAUUAGAAUCUCAAUUCGACGUACCUAUCAUAGGAGGAGCUCUCAUCCUGGG